UGGAGUUUAGUUAACGUUGCAAAUGGAUCAAGCUAAGGAACCGAAAAAUUGCCCUGAAUACGAUUUUGCUGAUGAUUCCUCUGCUUCUUCUUCGUCUUCUUCGGGACAUAAUCUCAGAGCUGAGAUGGUGGUGGAAGUGAAGAAGGAAGCAGUUUGUUCCCGGAAAGCAGAGAGAGAGAAGCUUCGUAGAGAUAAGCUCAAGGAACAGUUUCUUGAGCUUGGAAAGGCACUAGAUCCAAAUAGGCCUAAGAGUGACAAAGUUUCAGUUCUCACUGAUACAAUACAAAUGCUGAAGGAUGUAAUGAACCAAGUUGAUAGACUAAAAGCUGAGUAUGCAACACUAUCUCAAGAGUCUCGUGAGCUAAUUAAAGAGAAGAGUGAGCUGAGAGAGGAAAAAGCGACUUUAAAGUCCGAUAUCGAGAUUCUUAAUGCUCAAUAUCAGCAAAGAAUCAGAACCAUGGUCCCAUGGAUACCUCAUUACACUUAUCCUAUCCCCGUAGUAGCCAUAACUCAGGGUCAGUCCAGUUUUAUACCUUAUUCAGCCUCGGUCAAUCCUCUAAUCGGACAACAAGCAUUGGUUCAGCAACAUUCUUCUUCUUCCGGUGCUUCAAACAAACAAGAUUUCAAAAUCAAGCCUUUAGAUUUGGAUCUGAUGAUGAACAGUAACCAUUCUGGUAAAGGAAAUGAUCAUAAAGAUGAUGUUGGUUUAAAGCUUGAGCUUAAAAUCCAUGCCUCUUCUUUAGCUCAACAGGAUGUUUCUGGAAAAGAGAAGAAAGGAAGCUUGACAACCAUUGCAAGCUCAUCGAAUAGUUACUCAUCAUCUCAAGCUGUUCAAGAUAGUUCCCCGGGUACCGUAAAUGACAUUUUGAAGUCAUAAACUGAUAAAUGUAUUCCCCUAAGCCUUGUGUUUAAUACCAUGAUUGAGAAAGGUACUCAAUAUAUAACCCCACCAGAUACUAAACUUGUUGUAGAUUAUCCCCAUGAUUAACUAUGUAUUAUUAUCACAAGCAAAUAAAACACAAAAGCAUUU